AUGCCGGUGGGGGGAGGGGCUCGGUACCUCCUGGGGGUCCGCAUGGGGCCGCAGUGGGGGGGGGGCACCCUGGGCAGGGUCACCCUGAGCCUGGAGGGGACGGAGGGGACAGCGGGGACAGCGGUGACCCCUGACCUCUGCUCCGGACAGCGCCUGGGACCCGGCAGGACUGUCUGGCUGGAGGUGACAGCCCCUCGGCCCCUGGGGACGCUGCUGCGCCUGCGGCUGCGCACGGAGCCGCUGCUGUCCCUUGUCCCCGACCGCUGGUUCUGCGCCGACGUCACCGUCACCGGGCCACACCCUGACGUCACCGAGACACACCCUGACGUCACCGGGACACACCCCGAUGUCACCGCAGGGGCCGUGCCCGUGGCCACCUUCCCGUGUCACCGCUGGCUGGACACUGGAGAGGUGGGCUCCCUACGCCCCGGGCUGGCCCUGGUGCCUUCGGGCCCUGCCCCCCACCCUGUGCCCGUGGCCACGCCCACCCGUGACGUCAUUGACCGUGACGUCAUCCCCGGCGACGUCACCUCCGCCGUCCCCGACCAUGAUGUCAGACGAACCGAUGACGUCAGAGGAACUGAUGACGUCACAAGAGCAGAUGGCAUCAGAGGAACAGAUGACGUCAGAGGAUGUGAUGACGCCGGCCGUCUGUUCCUGGUGGAUUUCGCGCUGCUCGAGGGGCUCCCCACGGGGAACAUCGGGGGGCACCCCCAGUUCUUGGCCGCCCCCCUCUGCCUGCUCUGGCUCAACCCCCAGGGCCGCCUCCUGCCCGUGGCCAUCCAGCUGUCCCAGCGCCCGGGGCCGGGGUCUCCGAUCUUCGUUCCCGGGGGUGGGGGCUGGGCCCUGGCCAAGCUGUGGGUGAGGGGCGCGCACUUUGUCCAGCACGAGAUGGUCACUCACCUCCUGCACGGCCACUUCCUGGCCGAGGCCUUCGCCGUGGCCACCCAGCGCCUGCCGGCCGUGCACCCCGUGCACCAGGCCACCUCGGUGGGCCGGGAGGGGACACUGGUGCUGGUGGCCCGUGGCCUGGCCGCGCUGACCUACGGCGAGCUCUGUGUCCCCGAGGACGUGGCCGAGCGCGGCGUUGGGGACAUCCCCGGCUACCACUACAGGGACGACGCGCUGGACAUCUGGGGGGCCAUCGAGAGGCUCUGUGGCCGCCCUGAGCUGGUCAAGUUCCUGACCAUGAUCAUCUUCUGCUGCUCCGCCCGGCACGCGGCCGUCAACAGCGGCCAGUACGAUUACAGUGCCUGGAUGCCGAACACGCCGGGGACGCUGCGGCGGCCGCCUCCGGCCAGCGCGGCCACCGAGGAGCCGCUGGUGGCCACCGUGCCCGACCCCGAGGUGACCACCGAGGUGACCACCCCGCCUGACCCCGUGGCCACUGAGGAGCUGCUGGUGGCCACCCUGCCCGACCCUGCGGCCACCGCGGCGCUGCUCGGACUGGUCAGUGUGGUCAGCUACGAGAGCGGAGAGCCGCGUCCCCUGGGCUCCCGUCACCAGGACCUGCUGACCGCUCCGGCCGCUGGCCGUGUCCUGGCCGCGUUCCGGACGCGCCUGGCCGGGAUCUCCCGACGGAUCCGGGCCCGGAACGCCCGGCUCGACCUGCCCUACCCCUACCUGGACCCCAGGUGUGUGCAGGAGAGCAUCUCCAUCUGA